UCGCCAGCGGCAUGCCGCAAUUCACGCGGCGUGCUCAAUUAUCCGUCCGACUUUCGCUUUUUCGAGACUCCCUGUCUUACCUAUUCUUACUGCCUUACUUGUCCCUGUCUGUUGAGCUGUUUUGCAAACUUCAACCAUGGCCAGUUGUUCCAUUUCACCGUAUGAACUACCUAUCUCGGACUCGAAAACUUGGCUUUCGUUGCAAUUUCCGUCCGGCAACCUGCUUUCGGCCGGUGGAUCUGCUGUUAUCAGUCUGGGAGGAAGAAUCUGGCAAAGUAGCGUUUCGUUUCCCCUGCCUUGGUCGAGUCAUCAAAUGCUACCACGACGACAUCAUCUUGCUCUCACCCAUCCGUUUUGAGCUUCUCCUGAACCAGAAGAGGACUUCCGUCACGUCUUGACCUCAGGGCGCGGUCCAUUUGCUGGUCCAGCCCGAACCUCCGUCUCCGAAGAGGCAAAGGCCGCUGUCGAUCACUUUGCCAGCGCCGAACUAAGCCUCCUGGCGGAUGGAACUGUGCCGGUACGGUCAGGCCUUGCAACCAUGGACUCAACCGACGACAUCUGUCCAUGCCCGGUGUGCCAGUCUGCUCUCUGGGACAAUCAAAGCCUGCAAGGCAUCGGCUGUCGAGCA